UGGAGCAUGAGUAAACAGACACAAAACCUUUACCAGACUUGCGCUGAACGCCGGGAAUAUUUACUAAUUUCGGUCUGCAAUGGACGGGAAAGAUUAUGAAUUCGACGGUGAAACGUACGUUUAUACGGACAAGGAAAGCGGCGUCCGGUACAGAUGGAAUCAAGCCGAAAACAAGUGGAUGAAUGCCGAAGGAAGCAGCUGCCAAGACAAGACUGCAGCCGGCUCCAUUGUUUCAAACACCGGACCUGAAGGCGAUCCUGUUUCUCAGCAAAAUUAUCGCUACGAGGACGGGGUUGCAAUUUACACCGACCCUAAAGAUGGAACGGAGUAUGAAUGGGACAAGUUAAAAAACUCUUGGAUGCCCAGGGUGGAUGAAGUAUUCAUUGCUCGCUAUCAGCUAAAUUAUGGAUUUACUGAGGAGUCAAAACGUUCACUGAGUGAAAUUCGUCAGGCAGAAGCUGAAGCUGCUGCUAAAAAAGAAAAGGAAAUGCAUGAGCUUAAAGAGUUAAAGGCACAAAAAAGGGCUGCUCAAGCACAAGUAAAUAUUCUGUUAACAAUUAUGUUUGUUUUGGAUUAUAUUAUAAUAACAAUUAUUAAAUUACAGGAGGAGCCAAAGUGGUUUGAUCAAGACCAAAAAACUAAUACCAAGGUCUAUGUGUCGGGCUUGCCUUGUGACAUUACUGAGCAGGAGUAUGUUGAUUUCAUGCAGAAAUGUGGUAUCAUCACCAAAGACAUUGAUACCGGCAAGUUAAAGAUCAAACUCUAUUCAGAUGAUGAAGGGAAUUUGAAGGGAGAUGGCUUGUGCACUUAUAUCAAGGUGGAGUCUGUCGACCUUGCUUGUAAGCUGCUGGACGGCUCCGACCUCAGGGGUCACAAGGUGCGAGUGGAGCCAGCCAAAUUCCAGAUGAAAGGAUCCUUCAAUCCUGGACUCAAGCCGAAAAAGCGCAAGAAGAAGGACAAGGAGAAACUUAAGAAAAUGCAGGACAAACUGCUUGCUUGGCGCCCUGAUAAACUGCGAGGAGAGCGCGAGCGUCACGAAAGGGUUGUGGUAGUGAAAAACUUGUUUGAGCCAAGCAUAUUCGAUAAGGAAGUGGCGCUCAUCCUAGAGUACCAAGAGGAUCUCCGAGAGGAGUGCAAAAAGUGCGGCGACGUGCGAAAAGUCAUUAUUUACGAUAGGCAUCCUGAAGGCGUCGCGCAGAUAUUCUUCAGAGAAGCUGAGGAGGCUGAUCAGUGUGUGCAGCUUUUAAACAACCGAUGGUUCGGCCAAAGAAAAAUUACUGCCGAAAAUUGGGAUGGCAAAAGCCGAUACAGGGUGGGAGAAACGGAUGCUGAAGUGCAGCAACGAUUGCAGAACUGGGACAAAUUUCUGGAAUCUGCAGAAGGAGAGAGGAAGCAGGGUGAGAGCGCUAGCGAAGCUGUCGCUGAGCAGCCAAGCAUCGAAAAGGGUACAGCAGCAGAUGACAGUGAUGCCGACAGUGGUGCGGACACAGAAGGAGAGGAAAUGGCUUAAAUUUGAAAUCAACUCUGCAUUCCCGUUUUUACUUUUAUUUUAAAAAUAUCUACAAUAAUUUGGAAUAUAGUUGAGCAAAAAAUAUCGUGCAUGUCAUGGAACAUUCUAUAGCUGAAGUGUAGUCUUUGCUCUCAUUGAAUCACUUCAUGUAUUCAAAAUUUUCAUGGUACAAAGAAGCCUUUUCCCUGACUUGGACCAUCCAGUUUGGCUCCGCCUUCUCAGCAACGCUGAGCCCCUUUCGAGUUAUAGUGUUGUAUAGUGACCUAAAUCCCGGAGUGUAAAUGGCGAUUGUAAGAAAAAAUUUUGAAACCGAAAACAAAA